AUGUUAGCACGUACAACAGCUAUAACAUCAAGAAUUAUCUCAAAAAGAGCUUUGCGCUCUUACACCACAAGUAAAUUUAGUGUCCCAAUAACUUUACCUAAUAAUAAAAUAUAUCAACAACCAACCGGUCUUUUCAUAAAUGGUGAUUUUGUUCCUUCUAAACAAGGUCGUAAAGUUGCAGUUGUCAAUCCAUCCACUGAAGAGACAAUCACUGAAAUAUAUAAAGCUACUGAAGAGGAUGUGGAUUUUGCUAUCAAAAGUGCUAAAAAUGCCUUUGAAAAUGUUUGGUCAGUGGCUGAACCUGAGUUUCGUGGGAAAGUUUUGUUCAAAUUAGCGGAUCUUGUUGAACAACAUGCAGAUACUUUAGCUUAUAUAGAGUCAAUGGAUAAUGGUAAAUCUUUGCUUUGUUCUCGUGGUGAUGUUAAUUUAGUGGCUAAGUACCUACGUUCUUGUGGGGGCUGGGCUGAUAAAAUAUAUGGUAAAGUUAUCGAUACAGGUAAAGACUAUUUUACAUACAGUAUGAGAGAGCCUUUGGGUGUAUGUGGUCAAAUUAUUCCUUGGAACUUUCCAUUACUAAUGUGGUCAUGGAAGAUUGGUCCUGCAUUAGCUACAGGUAACACAGUUGUGUUAAAGCCAGCUGAGACUACACCACUAUCUGCGUUAUUCGCUUCUCAGUUAUGUAAAGAAGCGGGUAUCCCAGAUGGUGUUGUUAAUAUUGUUCCUGGCUCAGGAAAAGUCAUUGGUGACUAUCUUUGUAAACAUCCAGAUGUAAAAAAAAUUGCAUUUACUGGUUCUACUGCUACUGGUCGUCACAUUAUGAAAGCCUCAGCAGACACUAUUAAGAAGGUUACUUUAGAAUUAGGUGGUAAAUCUCCAAACAUUGUCUUUGCCGAUGCUGAUCUAGAAAAGGCUGUCAAGAAUAUUGCAUUUGGUAUCUUUUAUAAUUCUGGUGAAGUGUGUUGUGCAGGUUCGAGAAUUUACGUUCAAGAUACUGUUUACGACGAGGUCCUUGAAAAAUUCAAAACUUAUGCAGAAAGUUUGAAAGUGGGUGAUCCAUUUGAUGUGAAUACAUUCCAAGGUGCCCAGACAUCUAAAAGACAGUUGGAGAAAAUUUUAGAAUAUGUUGAUAUUGGUGUUAAAGAAGGUGCUCGUAUUAUAACUGGUGGUGAAAGAUUAGGAAACAAGGGUUAUUUCGUUAAGCCAACUAUCUUUGCUGAUGUCAAAGAAGAUAUGGCUAUUGUCAAAGAUGAAAUAUUUGGUCCAAUUGUUACCAUUUCUAAAUUUUCUACAGUAGAUGAAGUCAUUAAACUAGCAAAUGAUUCUCAAUACGGUCUUGCAGCUGGUAUUCAUACUAAAGAUUUGAACAAAGCAAUUGAAGUAUCAAAGCGUGUUAAAGCUGGUACUGUGUGGAUUAAUACAUAUAAUGAUUUUCACCAAAGCGUUCCAUUUGGUGGAUUUGGUCAAUCUGGUAUUGGUCGUGAAAUGGGCGAAGCUGCUUUAGAUAAUUACACACAAGUUAAAUCUGUAAGAAUGUCUAUUGACAAACCAAUGUAUUAA